GCCGCUGAGGAGGCGCCCGAGCGCGGCGGUAUCUUCCCUUGCCUCACUGGAGGGAGGAGGAGCCGCCGCCGCCGCUUGCGGGGAAGAAGUAAAUCACCGAUUAUAUGAAAAUGACUCCAGCAUCCUCCUGUAAUGCUUUUCAGCUUUGAAGGAAGUUCUUGCAUUGUUUCCAUGAUCUGAAACACUUGAUUGCCUUCAAAAGGGGGACACAAGCACAAAUCCAUAUGGAGGAUGAACCUCCUCCUUCUCAAGGAGUCAGUGUCAAGGAAGUUCCCAAAGAUUCAAUAAUUGUUGAAACACAGAAGUAAAUUUCAGAAGUAAAGGAGAAAGGAAAAAGUUUCUCAAGUUUCCAUUUUCAAUACGUGAAAACAAAUGUGUGUAUUUUCAAAGGUCUUGAAGGCAACAUUACUAUCAGCCCUGAAGAUGCUGGAUGUUGGGAAAUGGCCAAUUUUUUCUCUGUGUUCCCAAGAAGAGCUCAAGUUAAUUCGUCAAGCCUGUGUAUUUGGCAGUGCUGGUAAUGAAGUGUUGUAUGCAACUGAAAAUGAUGAGGUUUUUGUGCUUGGCAUGAACUGCAGUGGAUGUUUGGGAACAGGUGACAUGCAGAGCACUAUUGAACCGAGGAGGUUAGAUUCUCUAUGUGGCAAAAAGAUAGCCUGUCUGAGUUAUGGAAGUGGCCCUCAUGUUGUUCUUGCUACAGAAGAAGGAGAAGUGUAUACAUGGGGUCAUAAUGCUUACAGUCAGUUGGGCAAUGGUACAACAAAUCAUGGUUUCAUUCCCUGUCAAGUCUCUACUAACUUGGUGAACAAGAAAGUCAUUGAAGUUGCCUGUGGCUCUCAUCAUUCUAUGGUGUUAACAUCUGAUGGAGAGGUAUACACAUGGGGUUAUAAUAACUCAGGCCAAGUUGGAUCUGGUUCAACAGCUAAUCAACCAAUCCCUCGAAGAGUUACCAGCUGCCUACAAAAUAAAAUAGUAGUUAAUAUAGCCUGUGGACAGAUGUGCUCCAUGGCUGUGGUGGAAAAUGGAGAGGUCUAUGUCUGGGGUUACAAUGGCAAUGGCCAGCUCGGACUGGGCAGCGUUUGCAACCAGCCAACACCGUGCCGAAUAGCAGCUUUGCAAGGCAUUCGCGUACAGCGGGUUGCCUGUGGCUAUGCACAUACGUUAGUGCUAACAGAUGAAGGUCAGAUUUAUGCCUGGGGAGCCAAUUCAUAUGGACAGUUAGGUACCGGGAAUAAAAGUAACCAGCCUUACCCUACAACAGUUACUGUGGAUAAGGACAGAGUUAUAGAGAUUGCAGCCUGCCACUCUGCUCACACGUCAGCUGCCAAGACCCAGAGCGGCCAGGUGUACAUGUGGGGCCAAUGCCGUGGGCAGUCUGUGAUCCUUCCCCACCUCACUCACUUUUCCUGUACUGACGAUGUGUUUGCUUGCUUUGCUACCCCUGCCGUUAUGUGGCGUCUUCUAUCAGUAGAGCCUGAUGACCAUCUAACAGUAGCCCAGUCACUAAAGAAGGAAUUUGACAACCCUGAAACUGCAGACCUGAAGUUUCUAGUGGAUGGAAAAUAUAUUCAUGUUCAUAAAGUUCUUCUCAAAAUUAGGUGUGAACAUUUUCGUUCCAUACUGAAUAAUGAUGAUGAAAUUAUAGAAAUGAGUGAAUUUUCUUAUCCUGUUUACCGAGCCUUCCUGGAAUAUCUGUAUACAGACAACAUCAGGCUCCCUCCUGAAGAUGCAAUAGGACUGCUAGAUUUGGCAACGCUGUAUAGAGAAAACAGAUUGAAAAAGCUUUGCCAGCAAACGAUCAAACACGGCAUUUGUGAAGAGAAUGCCAUCGCUCUUCUUUCUGCCGCUGUCAAAUAUGAAGCUCAGGACUUGGAAGAAUUUUGCUUCAGAUUUUGCAUAAACCAUUUAACUGUUAUUACGCAAACUCAAGGCUUCGCAGAAAUGGACCACGACCUCCUGAAAAACUUCAUUAGCAAAGCAAGCAGAGUGGGAGCGUUCCGAAACUGAGCUCUGACUACCACCAGCCUGAAGAGCACGUCCUCUUCCCUCCUGAAAAUACUUUGGCUUUGGAGAAUUUAUCCAUGGUCAGAAUGUGCAAAGGUUUGGAAAGAAAGACUCGGUGUCCAUCAGCUUAGGAAAUGUGUAAAAGUCCACUAACAUACAGGUUUCGUAAAGAUGGCUACAGGACAGAUGUAUGGUGAGAGUUCAUUGCCAACAGUCAGAAUUUAACAACAAAAACCUAAUGCAGUAACUACCGUUUCCCACUUAAAGUCAAGCAAACUAAGCUAUCAUUAUCUUAUCCGUCUGAGGUUUUUUCCUUUUUUCUUUUUAAAAAAAAAAACCUGCAUUCGGAUUUUAUGGGACAGUGACCUGUUUGCUGCUAAAACUUUCAUACUAUACUGUUGUCACCAAACUAAGCUAAUAUGCCACAGUGGGCUGCUUUGUGCCUGGUUUAUCAUCCAGUGAAGACACAAACUUGGUUUUCUGAACAUAUGAUGAAGUACUAAAUUCUUUAGGAUGAGAGGCUUUCUGAUUGGUAGGAGGAUAUGUCUCACUUGGUGUUUAUUUGGAGUGUAAAUACCUAAACGCUGAAGAGCUUCAGCUGGAUAUUAUAGUUUUGAGUUCCUGGCACUUCGGUCCAUUUUUCUAGACAGAAUGAAAUAACUCUUCCUUUCCGUUACAUGAAGUGCAUUCCCUGGCACCCCAGCGGGCCAGGAAGCAUUCACAGUGUUUGUCUGGAUGUGAAUUAUUGUGCUGUGUGUUUUGGUACUCAGAAAACCAUCUGGUUGCUUGUUACCAAGAAAGACACCCAAACAAAAUCUCAAGGAAAGGGAAGUUCCACUUGAGCUUUGUUUGUUCCUGUCUUACUAUCUAUCCCCAAAUAGACCAUCUUGAGAAAAAGACAGUUUCGAAGUGAUAAAAAUGAGUCUUGCAAUUAAAUCAUAAGACUGAAACUCAUUUUUCAUGUGGCAAUAAGGACACCUUGUCCAAAUACAUUGUUUCAGGUUCUCCUUUGGUCAGUGCUGCGGGGUGACGGUACCGCUUACCGUACCUGCCUGGUUGAGGCGAGAGGAGUCGCCCUCUGGACGUGCCCCUCUCUUAUCACUGACCGUGGGGGGGACGGGAUGGCUAAGGUGGAGUAGAUGCUUAAUUUCUAACCAACUUAAGUGGGUUGAGAUGAAACCCCACCCAGCACUGCACAGGGGGAGGUUUGCCCCAUUACAGAAGACGUUGAGC